AUGAGUCUCUUUGGCUGGCAGUGUACCUGCGGCGGCGAGGAAGCAGGCGAAGAAAACCAAAGCAGCGAUGUGAACGCCCUGCGCGUCAUGGAAGAGGUGGGCCUCGCCAAGAAGGAGGAACUGGAAGAGCGCGACGAAGUGGAAGUGGAAGGUGGUGCCAAGUACAAGGGCCAGUGGCGAGGUCAGCAGAGGUACGGCCAAGGUGUUCUCACCAGGCCCGAUGGACAGACGUACCGGGGGUCCUUUGUAGACAACCGGGCCCAAGGCCACGGCAUUUUUGAAGCCGCCAAUGGCAACACCUACGAGGGACAGUGGCAUCAGGACCGCGCCCAUGGAUACGGCAAGUACGUGCAUGUGGAUGGCAGCACCUACGAGGGCGAGUGGGUGCAAGACGAAAAGUCGGGCAAAGGUGUCGAGUGCUGGGCUGAUGGAGCCAGGUAUGAAGGUCAAUUUCAGCAUGGCUCCAAGCACGGCGCUGGCAUCUACAAAUCUGCCACGGGAGUGGUCUAUGAAGGCCAAUUCAAGACGCUCGGCAUAGCGCAAGCUGUGGAUCCGUUGUGGAGUCCCACGACUCGGCAUUCUGUGAAGCAACCAGCACUGAAAACCGAUUGCGUUGGGGCACCUAAGUGGUUCAAGACCAGAGAUUGCUCGGUUAUUUUUCGUGUUGCGAUGGCAAGAAACAUCAAUGUGGAACUGCUUAGUGGCAACGUUUACACCCUGGCAGUGCGGCCAGAAAUGACGAUCGAAGAGUUGAAAGAAGAAGUGAAGGUUUUCCAUCCAUCAGAGGAUGAGAUCACCCGGAUACUCAGCACCGUGGAGUUUGUCCUUCACGGGGAGAAACUGAAUGAUCUCCAGAUGAGUGUCUCAGAGUCUAUCGUCGACUCAGCCAAUUUGCAGGUUGUCUUCUAUGUCAAGCCGGCAAUUGAGUGUGUUAAUGCAUUUGGCCACACGGUGGAGGAAUUGCGUGACGUACGCAUCCCUAGCACUAAAACAUUCAUCCAACCACAUGCCUUCCAACACUGCAAGUACUUGUUGCGACUGGUUAUCCCGGAGUCUGUGACUUGGAUUGGAGAUAAUGCUUUUUCUGGCUGCAGCUCUUUGACGAGUUUGACCAUCCCGGAGUCUGUGACUCGGAUUGGAUAUUUUGCUUUUUGCAAAUGCGGCUCUUUGACGAGUUUGACCAUCCCGGAGUCUGUGACUCAGAUUGGAGAUGGUGCUUUUGCUGGCUGCAGCUCUUUGACGAGUUUGACCAUCCCGGAGUCUGUGACUGAGAUUGGAGAUGGUGCUUUUUCUGGCUGCAGCUCUUUGACGAGUUUGACCAUCCCAGAGUCCGUGACUCAACUUGGAAAUGGUGCAUUUCGUGCAUGCUCCUCGUUGACGAGUUUGUCUAUCCCGAAGUCUGUGACUCAGAUUGGAGAUCAUGCUUUCACUGGCUGCAGCUCUUUGAAGAGCUUGAAAAUCCCGGAGUCUGUGAUUCAGAUUGCAGAUCAUGUUUUUCGUGACUGCACCUCGUUGACGAGUUUAACCAUUCCGGAGUCUGUGACUCAGAUUGGAGAUGGUGCUUUUGCUGGCUGCAGCUCUUUGACAAGUUUGACCAUCCCGGAGUCCGUGACUGAGAUUGGAGAUGGUGCUUUUUCUGGCUGCAGCUCUUUGAAGAGCUUGAAAAUCCCGAAGUCUGUGACUCAGAUUGGAGAUCAUGCUUUCACUGGCUGCAGCUCUUUGACGAGUUUGACCAUCCCGGAGUCUGUGACUCGGAUUGGAGAUUUUGCUUUUUGCAAAUGCGGCUCUUUGACGAGUUUGACCAUCCCGGAGUCUGUGACUCAGAUUGGAGAUGGUGCUUUUGCUGGCUGCAGCUCUUUGACGAGUUUGACCAUCCCGGAGUCUGUGACUGAGAUUGGAGAUGGUGCUUUUUCUGGCUGCAGCUCUUUGACGAGUUUGACCAUCCCAGAGUCCGUGACUCAACUUGGAAAUGGUGCAUUUCGUGCAUGCUCCUCGUUGACGAGUUUGACUAUCCCGAAGUCUGUGACUCAGAUUGGAGAUCAUGCUUUCACUGGCUGCAGCUCUUUGAAGAGCUUGAAAAUCCCGGAGUCUGUGACUCAGAUUGCAGAUCAUGUUUUUCGUGACUGCACCUCGUUGACGAGUUUAACCAUUCCGGAGUCUGUGACUCAGAUUGGAGAUGGUGCUUUUGCUGGCUGCAGCUCUUUGACAAGUUUGACCAUCCCGGAGUCCGUGACUGAGAUUGGAGAUGGUGCUUUUUCUGGCUGCAGCUCUUUGAAGAGCUUGAAAAUCCCGAAGUCUGUGACUCAGAUUGGAGAUCAUGCUUUCACUGGCUGCAGCUCUUUGAAGAGCUUGAAAAUCCCGGAGUCUGUGACUCAGAUUGGAGAUUGUGCUUUUGCUGGCUGCAGCUCCUUGACGAGUUUGACCAUCCCGCACUCUGUGCGGAAAAUUGGGAAGAAUGUCGUGCAGGGUUGCAGCUCUUUGAGAAAUUCGAGGCAUGCUGUGAAGCAACCAGCGCUGAUAACCGAUUGCUUUGGGGCACCUAAGUGGUUCAAGACCAGAGAUUGCUUGGUUAUUUUUCGUGUUGCUAUGGCAAGAAACAUCAAUGUGGAACUGCUUAGUGGCAAUGUUUACACCCUGGCAGUGCGGCCAGAAAUGACGAUCGAAGAGUUGAAAGAAGAAGUGAAGGUUUUCCAUCCAUCAGAGGAUGAGAUCACCCGGAUACUCAGCACCGUGGAGUUUGUCCUUCACGGGGAGAAGCUGAAUGAUCUUCAGAUGACAGUCUCAGAUUCUAUCCUCGACUCUGCCAACGUGCAGGUUAUCUUCUAUGUCAAGCCGGCAAUUGAGUGUGUCAACAAAUUUGGCCGCGAGGUGAAGGAAUUGCGUGACGUGCGCAUCCCUAGCACUGAAACAUCCAUCCAAACACAUGCCUUCCAACACUGCAAGUACUUGUUGCAACUGGUUAUCCCGGAGUCUGUGACUCAGAUUGGAGAAUAUGCUUUUGAUGGCUGCAGCUCUUUGAGGAGUUUGACCAUCCCGGGGUCUGUGACUCAAAUUGGAGAAUAUGCUUUUGAUGGCUGCAGCUCUUUGAAGAGCUUGAAAAUCCCGGAGUCUGUGACUCAGAUUGCAGAUCAUGUUUUUCGUGACUGCACCUCGUUGACGAGUUUGACAAUCCCGGAGUCUGUGACUCAAAUUGGAGAAUAUGUUUUUUUUGGCUGCAGCUCUUUGACGAGUUUGACCAUCCCGGAGUCUGUGACUCAGAUUGGAGAUGGUGCUUUUGCUGUCUGCAGCUCUUUGACAAGUUUGACCAUCCCGGAGUCUGUGACUCAAAUUAGACGACUUGCUUUUUCUGGCUGCAGCUCCUUGACGAGUUUGACCAUCCCGGAGUCUGUGACUCAGAUUGGAGACUCUGCUUUUUUUGGCUGCAGCUCUUUGAGGAGUUUGACCAUCCCGGGGUCUGUGACUCAACUUGGAAAUGGUGCAUUUCGUGCAUGCUCCUCGUUGACGAGUUCGACCAUACCGGAGUCUGUGACUCAGAUUCAAGAUAGUGCUUUUGCUGGCUGCGCCUCUUUGACGAGUUUGACAAUCCCGGAGUCUGUGACUCAAAUUGGAGAAUAUGCUUUUGAUGGCUGCAGCUCUUUGAGGAGUUUGACCAUCCCGGGGUCUGUGACUCAACUUGGAAAUGGUGCAUUUCGUGACUCCUCGUUGACGAGUUUGACAAUCCCGGAGUCUGUGACUCAAAUUAGACGACUUGCUUUUUCUGGCUGCGCCUCUUUGACGAGUUUGACCAUCCCGGAGUCUGUGACUCAGAUUGGAGACUGUGCUUUUUUUGGCUGCAGCUCUUUGACGAGUUUGACCAUCCCGGAGUCUGUGACUCAGAUUGGAGAUAAUGCUUUUUCUGAUUGCAGCUCUUUGACGAGUUUGACCAUCCCGCACUCUGUGCGGAAAAUUGGGAAGAAUGUCGUGCAGGGUUGCAGCUCGUUGUGCUAG